UGUAUCCUCUCCAAUCCUCUCAAUCCGAUGAUUCAGCGAUGAAAAUGUUUUAGAAGAAAGUAGAACUCUACCUAAGUCAGUAUGAUUUAAGUAACUGGCAACACUGUUGAAUGAAUAAGCCAAAGUGAAAAGCGGGCAUUUUGGUUGUAUUGAUCGAAUUCAUUUUCUUACAUAUUUCAUUAGGUACUUACGUUCAUUCGUGAUAAAAUAUUUUACCUGGUACCAGACAGCUGCAUUUUGAAUUGUUAGAAAUGGCGACGGAAACUUUAAUUCCCUUGGAAUCUAAUCCCGAAGUGAUGAACAAGUUCCUUCAGAAGUUAGGUGUCCCCUGUAAGUGGAACAUUGUAGACGUAAUGGGUUUGGAUGAAGAAAUGCUUUCGUGGGUACCGCGUCCUGUUCUUUCUGUCAUGUUACUUUUUCCCGUUUCUGAAGCCUAUGAGAAUCAUAAGCAAAAAGAAGAGUCUGAAAUUUUGUCUAAGGGUCAAGAAGUUUCUAACAAUAUUUUUUAUAUGAAGCAAAAUAUAAGCAAUGCUUGCGGUACUAUUGCUCUUGUACACAGUGUGGCUAACAAUACAGAUAAGAUUGAGUUAUCUGAAGGACACAUGAAGAAAUUUCUUGAUGAGGCCAAGAGUCUGGAUGCAGUGGCUCGUGGAGCACUAUUGGAAAAGUCUGAAGAAAUUAUUAAUGCUCACAAAGAGCUAGCUCAGGAAGGCCAAACUAACACUCCAAGUGCUGAGGAUCCAGUUAAUCACCACUUUAUUACAUUUAUUCAUAAAGAUGGUGCUUUGUAUGAAUUGGAUGGGCGCAAAGCGUUCCCUGUCAACCAUGGCACAACUACUGCUGACACUCUGCUGGAGGAUGCUGCUAAAAUCUGCAAGGAGUUUAUGGCUCGUGAUCCUAAUGAAGUUCGCUUUACAGUAAUUGCCUUGGCUGCUUCUGAUUAAGGUCAUGCCGAGUCUAUACUACCUUUUAUAAUUGUCUGCACUAUAUUCAAGUGUUUUUGGCAAGCUGUGCUUUACAUUCAGGACUAAGAAUGUAUUUUUGUAUUUCAUAUAGAAGGGUGCAAUGCAAGCUUUUGUGAUAUUAAAGUAUUUAUUUUGAAA